AGGCUUCGAGAAGCUGGACGGCCCGCAGAGCGUGGAGAGGAGCCGAGAGGUGGCUACGCGCUUCAAGAGCGCGCUUUUCGAAGUCGGAGGGGCCAAGAUCGGCAGUCAGGCCGUGGACUUUGCAGACGAGCUGGACCCCGCCAUGGAGGACACCGCCAUCAAGAUAGGCAAGACGAAGGUUUUCGUCAAUUCGAAGGCUGGCAGCCUCCUGGAACGGCGCCGGAUCUUCUACGGCCAUAGGAAGAGGGAGAUCGAGGCCGCCAGCAUCGAGGGCCUCCGCGCGGCGGUGCAGAGCCGGAAGAUCGAGGCCUUGGAGGAGUUCAUCAAUAAGUGCGAGGACCUGGAGCUGGUGCCCAGGGAGGUCGCCAGUGCCCGCGAGGUCCUGGAGGUGGAGCGGAGGAAGGCAGAGUGCCGCGUCGCCCUCGCAGAGGCGUGCGAGGCGCGGGACGGGCAGUUGCUGGACAGCGCGCUCGGCUUGGCCGCGGAGCUGGGCCUUGAGGGGGCGGAGGUGGCCGCCGCGAAGGUCGCGCGCGCGACCCUGCGGUUGGAGGCGGCCCUGCGGGACGGCGGCGUCGAGGCGCUGCGGGCGGCCGCCGCGGAGGCCGAGGCGAGCGGCGUGGACGGGGCCGACCCCGUGCUUCGGGAGGUCCGCAGGCAAGUAGACGAGCAGGCGCGCAAGGAGGCAGCCCGGCGCGGCAUCGAGCAGGCGGCGCGCACGCUGGACGCGGCCGUCCUGGAGGCCGCGCUGGCGGAGGGCCGCGCGGCGGGGCUCGAGGAGGAGGAGCUCGGCGCGGCCCAGCACCUGCUCGAGGAGGAGCGCCGCAGGGCGGCCGCCCGCGCCGCGCUGGCGGCGGCGGCGGCGGGGCGCGCGGAGAGCGCGCUGGAGGCCGCCCUCGCGGAGGGCGAGGCCGCCGGCCUGGGCGAGGGCUGCCCGGAGCUCCAGGCCGCGCGGGGGGCGCUGGCGGAGGAGCGGGCCGGCCGGGCGAGGGCCCAGCUCCGGGAGGCGGAGGCCGGCGGCGGGGCCGAGGAGCUCCGCGCGGCGAUCGCCUUCGGGGAGGCCGCGGGCCUGGGGGCCCCCGAGCUGGGCGCCCCGAGAGCCCUGGCGCAGCUGGUGGAGGCGCUGGCCGAGGGCGGGCAGGGGCCGCUGCGGGCCGCGGUGGCGGCCGCACUGGCGGCGGGGGUGGAGCACGCCAGGCUCGAGGGCGCGAAGGCCCUCCUGGCGUCGCAGGAGCAGAGGGAGGAGGCGCUCGCGUCCCUGGCCGAGGGCCUGGCGGCGCGCAGCCCCGCGCGGCUGCGCGAGGGCAUCGCCAGGGGGGAAGCCCUGGGCCUCGGGGAGCCGCAGCUGGCCGCGGCACGGGCGGCGCUGCGAGAGGAGGAGCAGAAGGCCGAGACGAUCGCCGCGCUGGAGGAGGCCACCGCCGCCAGGGACCUGGAGGCACUGCGGUGCGCCGUCGCCGCCGCAGGGGAGGCCCGCGCGGGGGCGGAGCCCGGCCUGGGCUUGGACGUGCGCCCGGCGCUGGAGGGCGCACGGCGGGUCCUGGAAGAGGAGGAGCUCGCGCGGGCUGCGCGCGAGGAGCUGGACCGGGCGCUCGCGGAGGGCUCGCCGGCGUCCCUGCAGGCGGCGCUGGAGGCCGGCGAGGCGGCGGGGCUCCCGCCGGAGGACCUGCGCAGCGCCCGCGCGGCGCUGGUGCUGCUGGAGGCCAAGGCCGCCUGCGCGGAGUCGCUCCGCGAGGCGGCCCGUCAGGAGGACGAGGCUGCGCUGCGGGCGGCGAUCGCAAAGGCGACCGAGCUGGGGCUCGACGGCAAGGACCUCGAGGCCGCGCAGAGAGCCCUGCAGCAGGUCGAGCUCCGGCGGGCCUGCCUGCAGCGCCUGCAGGAGGCCCUCCAGCAGCAGUGCACCGCGGGGGUGCGCGCCGCGGUGGCGGCGUGCCGCGCCGCGGGCGUGGGCGAGGCCCGGCUGCAGCGAAAGUCGCUGUACGACCAGCUCGAAGUCGCAAAGAAGAAGUUGCUCAGUGCCCAACAGACUUGUGACAAAACGUGUGAGGCCAUGGUCACCUUGGCCAAUGACUAUACCAACCAGUGCAAGCUCGUCGCCGACCUGUCAGCGGAGACGCAGCAGUUAGAGACCCAGCACAAGAUGGCAGUGGAGCAGGCGUUGAAGGAGCACGUCAGCACCUCGGCCCCCUCGCUGGAGACGUACAUCAUCAGCCAGUUCCCACCUGGGCUCGCGCCGUCCACGGAGGUGAAGCAGGCCGCCGUUCAGUUGUCGGCAAAGCUACAUGACGAGUGGCAGGCAGCCCAGGCAACCCAGGCCAGCUCCCAGCAGGCCCAGACGGCGACCCAGGGGGCGGCGGACUCCCAGACGGGUACCGAGGCGGGGGCCGCAGUCCCAAUCGCAGCCGAUGCCGACCCGAGGGCGCCGUCGCAGGCCACCGCCACCCCAUCAGGAGAUGUCAGCCCUGAGCUGGCAGCCAGCCUGGACGCCGAGGCCGAGGCCAUGCAGCUGGACCAUGACGAGGCUGACAAGAGGAGCCAGGGCAUGAAGCGCGUAGGCGAGGCGAUCGACCAGGUUCUGAACAUCAACGGCCAGAACUCGGCGCUCACGCCCCAGCAGCAGAUGGCCAACGCGGCGCUCCAGUCCAGCGCGAAGGCGCUCUGCCUGGCCAAAAGGGCAAGGGCGGCAAGGGGGCGGACGGGGCGCCGCGUGGGUAACACGGUCAGGUCCGCCACUAUCAAUGGAAGUUGCUGGAGAUCUAUUCGGAAGUUUCUGAAGUCUCAAGCAGCCGAGACGGUGGACAUCAUCUGCUGUCAAGAACUUCGGGUAUUGAAGGAUGCGCUCCCGUUCAUCGCACAAUGGUGUGAGCGAGAAGGGUGGAACGCGAUACUCCCUCCAGCCGCGCUCAGUGAGAAAGGGCACCCUGUCCAAGGAGCAGGGAGUUUGAUUCGUGAUGGGCAUGACUAUGGAGUAUCACGUGCGCCGUUGCCUGCAGGGGUGGUAGAGUCACGGCGCACAGCAGUUUCACUUGAGCUUCCUGGACAUCGUCCAUUCGUACUAGUUUCAUUUUACUUGGCCGACGGGGUGGGCCUCCACCAGUAUAAUUUAGAGCUCGUAGCAGGGGUUGCAAUGAUCCAGGACGCUGUACGACAGCCACUCAUCAUUGCUGGGGAUUUCAAUGUGUCGACGAGUAAGCUAAUCGAGUCGAACUACCGGCUGAGAGCAGGCCCUAAGAUUUUGGCCUCGACAAAACCAACAUGUAAGAUGAAGAAGUCCGAGUCCAUCAUCGACUUCGUUCUCGCCCCGUCGCAUUCCGACCAGGACCUUUCGAGGGCCGCGGUUCUCAACGAGUACCCCAUGAGCCCGCGUAGGCCCGCGUUGUUCCAGCUGCGCUGCGGGAUGCCCUAUAUGGCGCCAGUAUUGGAGAAGCCCCAACCAUUUGCAACCUCCAGGCCCUAUGGGCCUACCAACCACGUGCCGCCCUGGGACCGCGCGGAGGCUGCCUUGGAUUUCCUGGACCAGGUUAUCGAUCGAGAGUCUGGGAUUGAGGCCCGCUUGCUGGCCCUAGAUUCGGCAUACCAGUACUUCGCCUCGGACAUGGCGAAGACGAUCAGCAUCGGCACAGACACUCCGAUCAAGUCGCCCACGGACUUGUCAGGCUUCGAUCGACUGUUUGGCGGGAGCUGGCAGUAUUCAUUCCUAGCGGGGUACCUGGCCGUGCGGGACGAGCUUCUCAGCCAGCCGAGCGAACUGGCGUUCGAGGUGAUGCGCCUGGGGCUGCAGUCCGAGGGCCCCGGCGCGCUGGACGCCAAGUUUGGGGAGGCGGCGUGCCUUUGCACCGAGGCCGCCGGCAGGCAGUUUGCCAGGCGCGUGGAGAAGGAGUGGCACGGGGCGGACGGCACCAUCCUCGACGAGCUCUGCCGGGAGCUGCGGGCCUGCUCGGUGAGCCUGUCCGGCACCGCGGCGGGCUCGAGGGCGCCCGACGCCAGGCUGCUCUACAGGUAUUGCGCGGAGCUCAAGUCCCUGUACGGCGCCUCGCUGGCGGACGAGCGCUUGUCGCAGUUCCCGCUGGCGCUGCUGUGCAUGCUGCUCUACACGCAGCACGACGUGGACGUGGACCGGCUCCUGCUCUUUCAGGACUGCCCCCCCGCCUGCGAGAGCCCCGGCGGCCGGGGCGCGGCGUACGGAGCCUACCGCGAGAGGCACCGGUCGCGGCGGUCUGGCGAUCGCAACGAGGCCGUGUGCGCCGCGGCCGCGCUGUCCGCCACCCUGGGCGAGGAGGGGUCGCCGCCCGCGCGGUGGAUCAAGCUGUCGUGCCUGCUCAGCGCGGCGCGGAUCCCCCUGAGCCCCCCAAGGCAGGUCUCCAGGUGGCUCUGCGGCCUGCCUGCGCACCUCGUCGCCGAGCUCGGGCAGAGGCGGCCGGGAGAGCGCCUGUGCUGGGCGCAGCUGGGCAGCUGCACCCUGGACGGCGCGAUCGCGGAGGGCUACUGGAGCGCGGCGGGGCCGGAGGAGGGCGUCCUCCUGACUGUCGAGGGCGUCACCGAGGGCUUGGAGCUUGCAGCGCUGAGCCAGUACCCAGCGGAGCGGGAGCUGGUGCUGCCCGCGUGCUCCCUGCUGCGAGUCCGGCAGGCGACGGCGCCGGACGGGCGGCCGCCGCACCUGCGGUGCGAGUACGCCGGGACGCUGCUGAGCGACGAGCUCCAGGAGGCCUGCUGGUACGAUCUGGCGAAGGCCUCCUUCGGGCUGCAGCUGGUCCUGGACGAGGUGCGGCCGAGCAAGGGGCCCCCAGCCCGCCGACGCCCCCGCCGGCGCCGCAGAGGCAGCCCGCGCGCGCGCAGAGCCCCCGGCUCGCUGGGCAGCUGUCGCCGCAGGCGGCGCCGUCCCGCAUGAGGACGGCCGCGGCGGCGGCGCACGCGGCGGCGGCCAUGCGCAGGGCCGGUGCGCCGGGGCCGGGGCAGCCCGGCGGGUUGGCCCCGAGCCCAGGCCUGACAGCGUGUAUUCGGAGGAAGCCUUCAGGACGCUGGGCUACCUGUUCGGCCAGAUGGACCGGCGGGGCGCCUUUGCCCUCAGCCGCGAUGACUUCGUGGCUGCGCAGACGAAGCUGCGGUCGCAGCCCGAGUUCGCGCGACUCCUGAAGAACUCCAGGCUCUGUGCUCAGUUCUUCGAGUGCCCGCACGACCUCACGCUGCACCGCUUCCUCUUCCUCGCCAUGCCGUGCGCGAGGGAGUCGGACGUCAGGCGCGCGCUCCGGUGGGCCGCGGGCUACGUGAAGAGGAGGAGCGGACAGAUCCCUGACAGUCCGCGCGAGGGGGCGUUCCAGUGGCCGGACAGCGGCACGGGCCCGCCCAGGGCGAGGAGCCCGGCCGCAGCAGCUGCCGCGGCAGGCCCGCCCUCGGCCAGCCGCACGCUGCUGGCCGCCGCCGUGGCGCGCUCGGCGGCGGCGCCCCAGCGGGGCAGCCCG